GCCCAAAAAGUCGCUCUCAACGAUUUCUUUAAAAGAGGCAACCAACACAAUUUUCGAGCACAGUUCGAGCUCAGACGUCGUUGAGGAGACCCCAAAACCCCAUCACGAUCACAAACCGUCGAUCGGAGAAAGAAAGUCGCGAAGCCGCCGUUUUUGUUUUUCAAGUGAAAUUUUCAGUGUGUUAGCGGCUCCGGCAUAUUUUCAAAACGGCAUAACGAAAAACGAAACGGUUCGAAAAAAAAAAAAAAAAAGAGAAAAAUCAACAGUGUGAACGAAUGCUGUCAAUUGUAGCAAACACCCAAGUGUCGAGGUGAAGAAAGUUUGUGUGACAAAGUUUUAACAAUAAAACAACCAAAAAAACCAAAAUUAAAAUAAUAAUAACAAACAAAUCGUAAAAGAGGACGUCAUCAGCAAAAGUGAAUCUGAGCUUGUUGUCCAAGAAACCAAGUUCCGAAAACAUAACAUCAAGUAUCACAAUGAAGGUUUUACUUAAAUUAUGCCUACUGCUGAUGGUCAUGCCAAUGGUGUGUUUUGCCUAUCCGGCAGUAGAUAAAUCUCUAUCGCUAGAGGACACUGAUCUGGACAAUGACCAGGGCGAGAGCAAUAUCAAGGAAUCACAGAUAGCCAAAAGAUCGGGAAGCUUUGAUUAUGUGGCUCAUUUGAAAUCUGGCCUAUUGUCCAGCAUCGGCCAGGCAUCUGCGUCCAUAGCUUCUGGUAGCUCCGGUGGCAGCAGCGGUCAUGGUGGUGGUGAUACCUACAAAGAGGUCGUGGUCCAUGGUAACUCUGUGGACUAUGAUCCAUGGUCGUUCAAGAAAUCUGUAUUGAACACCAUAUUCCAGGCUGUUAAGGCCAUAACUGGCGGUGUUACAGCCCUUAAGGGUCAACUGAUAAAGGGCAGCGGAUAUGCAUUGAGUGCUGGCGGCAAUUUGGUGGCAGCUUCCGGUGACAAGGUCACCGAUGUAGGCAAAUCCAUCAUAAAUUCAGCUCACAUCAAUUCGCAUACAUAUGCUACUAGUCACUCUGGCGGCAGUGGAUUUGUUCAUCCAUUUGCCAAGCUCAGUUCGCUACCGGGGGCCUCAUCUGGCGGCAGCAGUGGCUCCAAGCAGGUCUCCUCCUCGCCUGUCAUCCACUCGGAGACCAUCACCACAUACGAGAUACCCAGUGGCCAUGCUAGCUAUGGACCGCCAUCCAAGCCACCGACAUAUAGCAGUGCCACACAUCAAUAUUUGCCACCAGCGGGUGGCAAUUAUGUGGGCAGCGGCGGCGGGGCACCCUUCAGUGUGUCUCAUUCGGUAGCUUUGGAGGCACCUCAGAGCAACUAUCUGCCAUCGGCCUAUGGACAAGAUGUGGCCACUGCCGGCAGCGAUGACUUCAACAUCUAUGGACGGCACAAGAAACUGAGUGACGAGGAAGCCCGCAAGGCGGCUCUACAGCUGCAAGAAAUUUUGAGUUUGUUGCCCAAUGGCAAGACCGAGUAUACUGCCUCCAAGACGGUAGCCUUGGAUACGAAUAGCGUGCCCACUGGCACUGGACUGGAGCAUGCCGAAGUCUAUAAUAGUUAUGGUGUCCCAUUGCCCAAUAAUUUGGGAACUUUGGAAUCUCUAUCGCAUACGGAAUCCAUAACAGCAGCCUAUUCACCCACAGUGACAAGUGUGAACCACAAAGGAGCUGCCGAUAUCUAUCAUCAGAUGGCCAAGAGACCAACACCCGAAGAGGUUUAUAUACAGAAACAUCCAAAUGAGGGUUAUGACUAUCCACCACCUUCGAGUGUGGCUCCAUCAGCGCCUCCUGCACCUCCGACCGAAUAUCGUGUGGAGAACUAUCAUGCGAAUAAGAACAACGCUCUCAAGGAUUUGUCUCCCAUAAUAGCUGCAUUGGAGGUGGCCAAGCGAAAGGGAGGCAAUCCAAAUGGACCGGUUAACUAUUCAAUUGAGAAGCAAGUGCAGAAACAGGUACCCUUCCAGUACUUGCCACCGGUGGUACAGAAGACCAAAUACGUGUAUAGUGCACCGCCACCACCACCACCACGAUCCCAUUAUGGUGGCUACAAGGUGCGCCGUCAUACGUUGAACAAGCGAACAACGGGCAUGUUUCGGCCGCAGGACUAUGAAAUACAAGACCCUCUGAUGUUUAAUCGCGUUUUGGAGGCCUAAGGCCAGAUAUAUAGUGAUAAUUUCUAGUAAUAGCUCUCUAAGUCAUAUGCAGCAUUUAAUCCUAGUUUGUGUUUUUUAGUCAAAAAUUAUUUAUGCUAUCGCAGUCAUUAUAUUUAUUAAACCUCUCCCCAACACCCACACCCCAUUUUUCCCACCAAAAACCAUUCACACUUUGAAUAAAGAUGCACUCUAUGUGAAUCCCCAAGCACAGCAUGUAUGAACCAAAUGUAUUGCACCUCUCCUUAUCCAAUUUCUAAAAUUCUGUUUUGCCAUCGCUUGUUGCUUUAUUUAAUACGAAAGCACCACCACCACCACCCACAGCACCCUUUUGAAAUCCAAAAUCAAGACGAACCACUUCUCAUCUACCGCUCUCUUUACAGUCUAUCUACAGUAGUCGUGCCUAGAGGAUAACCAGGAUGCAGCUGUGGACCGACCAUACCCAUUAUGUUUAUGGUUUACUGCACUCUCAUGCUCCCUUAGACUUAACUAAAACGUUCCUGCUCCACACCAAUCCAGCACUAUCAUCAUUUCCUUCUGUUCCCCAUGUCUCUACCUCUUUCUCUCUUUGUCUCUCUCACACACUCAUUUCUUUCACUGCUUCAAUUUUCACAUAUUUUCCAUCUAAAUUGGCUGAAAAUGCUGCAAAAUUUUCUA